UCGCCGGCGGCCAUUUUGGGUGGAAGCGAUAGCUGAGUGGUGGCUGCUGCUGAUUGUGUUCUAAGGGGACGGAGUGGAGGGAAGACGAUUGCUCUCUCGGAACAGCGUAUCUCAUUCCUCUCCCUUCGACUACCCGUGGCGCGGAGAGUCAGGGCGGCGGCUGCAGCAGCAAGGGCGGCGGUGGCGGCGGCGGCAGCUGCAGUGACAUGUCCAGCAUGAAUCCCGAAUAUGAUUAUUUAUUCAAGUUACUUCUGAUUGGCGACUCUGGAGUUGGAAAGUCUUGCCUCCUUCUUAGGUUUGCAGAUGAUACAUAUACAGAAAGCUAUAUCAGCACAAUUGGUGUGGAUUUCAAAAUAAGAACUAUAGAGUUAGAUGGGAAAACAAUCAAACUUCAAAUAUGGGACACAGCAGGCCAAGAAAGAUUUAGAACAAUCACCUCCAGUUAUUACAGAGGAGCCCAUGGCAUCAUAGUUGUGUAUGAUGUUACAGAUCAGGAGUCCUUCAAUAAUGUUAAACAGUGGCUGCAGGAAAUAGACCGUUAUGCCAGUGAAAACGUCAACAAGUUGUUGGUAGGGAACAAAUGUGAUCUGACCACAAAGAAAGUAGUAGACUACACAACAGCAAAGGAAUUUGCUGAUUCCCUUGGAAUUCCAUUUUUGGAAACCAGUGCUAAGAAUGCAACGAAUGUAGAACAGUCUUUCAUGACAAUGGCAGCUGAGAUUAAAAAGCGAAUGGGUCCUGGAGCAACAGCUGGUGGUGCAGAGAAGUCCAAUGUUAAAAUUCAGAGCACUCCGGUCAAGCAGUCAGGUGGAGGUUGCUGCUAAAAUUUGCCUCCAUCCUUUUCUCACAGCAAUGAAUUUGCAAUCUGAACCCAAGUGAAAAAAACAAAAUUGCCUGAAUUGUACUGUAUGUAGCUGCACUACAACAGAUUCUUACCGUCUCCACAAAGGUCAGAGAUUGUAAAUGGUCAAUACUGACUUUUUUUUUAUU